AGUCCUGUCUUUUCCCAGUAUUUCGUACACAUAUAAACAUUCUGCGGCCACAGUGGCGAUGUAGCAUUUACUAUUUCGAAUGGUCCGUUGUUCAGAGAGCGUUGGGUGCCGCAGCGAUGCCGUGGAGGUGCUGCGUUCCCGGGUGUAAAGGCUACGACGAGGCCCGGUCUAUGGGCGUUGUCUUCCACGGUUUACCGACGAGGGACCCGCAGCGAUGCCGCGCGUGGCUCAACGCCAUCCGGAGCCCGCGGCUGGACGAGCACACCCCGGCGUCCCGGUACGGCGGCGUGCGCGUCUGCAGCCUGCACUUCCAGCCCGAAGACUACGAGGAGGACUUCCGCGCGCGGAUCCUGAACGUGGCGCCCAGGCCGGUGCUGAAGAGCGCCGCCGUGCCGUCGGUGUUCCCCCGGGCGGCGGCUAGCGGAGAGCCGGGCGGCGCCGACGCGUCACCGAGCGCUCCGAAGAGGAGCAGGACGCAGCAUCCACAGGCCAACACAGGAGCCCCAGUGAGCUCCUCCCGGCCGGACGAGAGCUUCUGCAUCGUGGUGUCGGUGGACGAGUCGGACAAAGAUUGCGCUUUGGUCCGCGGCCGCAGCCUGAUGGAGCUGUUCAGGCGCUGUCAGAGCUGCGGGCAGCCAAUCAGGGAUGCGCAGCUCCUCCCCUCGGGGGCUCGGGUCAGAGUGGCGUGGAGCUGCCAAGGUGGACACUCUGGGGUGUGGAAGUCCUCGCACAGCCUCAAGGACAUCCACCCAUGAGCGCUGCGCUGCUAUUAUUCUUCAUAAUCAGGUUUGGUUUUGUGACUUGCAGAGCUUCUUGGUGACGGCCAUCAGCCUGACGUGCCGCGCAGGAAGCACAUAGUCACAAAGCGAAAAGGGUUCAGGCUGCUGCACCCCCCCCCAAAUGUUUCAGUAGAAAAGCAACGGCUUCCAUUUGAAACGCAAAGUCAAAAAUGUUUUCACUUUUUCUCGCAUCUUAGUUACGACAUAUAAAUCAGUGAGUGUUUCAGACGUUUGGGAUUAGUGAUAAAUAUCAAAAACCAGACAGUCAACUGUAAACGAGAGACGAGUUCAGAAUGAGCUCAAUGACUCCGUCUUGAUGGCCAAUGAAGAGAGGAGCAGAGUAAAGGAGGUCUUACCAGCUGGGGCCAGCAGCUGAUGCCCACCUGAUCCUUCAGGGUGGUGAUGAGGAGGAUGAGGAGCAGCAGGGUGAAGAGGAAGGCCGUACAGCUCACAAACUCAAAGAAGUAGAGAGCGAAGCAGCUGAGGCAUCUGAGGACCGUCUCCUCCAGUACGAAGGCCACAAAGGACAGAAGCUGAGCGGGACAGACAUAUAUUUAUUUUGGUUAGAAGAUUUGAUUUUAAAUGUUUAUUCUAAUUAUCAGCCAAAUAUCUUUAGUGUUUGUACAUUUUUGUAAGAAUAAAAGUAAUUAAAUACAGGUC